CUCCCUCUAAAUCUAUACGUGACAGCAAAACUGUAUAAAACACAGACAUCUCUCUUUCUCUCUCUGCAACAAACGCGCAAAGCAGAGUAAAGCCCAAGAGAUCAAAUAAAAACUGUUAAAGGCAGUUGCUUGCACGAUCUCCCAAGCAAUUGAAGCCCCCCCCUUCAAAAAAGAAAAGGGUUGGGGGAGUUGGGGGGCGUGGGGAAAGAAGUGUGCCCUUUAAUCGAUUGCUAGAGAAGCUUCCAAUACAUACCCGCUGCCUUUUUCUUCGGCUUCUGGUUAAUCAGAACUUGUAAGCUCAAAUAAAAACUUCCCUUCAUUUGCGCCUUGUUAUCGGUUUUUGGGUCGUUUAAAUUGUUUUUAUUUGGAGAGAAUUAACAGGUGAAUUUUUGUUCUGUAUGCUCUCUGCGAAAAAGGGUGUGCCUCGAAAUGGGGUUUUGGUGAUGGGUUUGGCUGAAGAAAGGAUCUUUUUGCUCCUGGCUGAAGAUCCUUUGGAAUUUACUUCCCCUAGAGGCUGUUUUUUUGCACAACAAUAGGACAGAUCUUGGUGACUUCUCUUCCUUGUUCUGCUUUUGAGGUUUUGCCAAUCCUAAAAUUUUGUUCUCAUCUCUUACCUAUUUGAUGGCCGGGGAAAGUAGAAGCUUGCCUGGGACACCAGAAAUAACUAAGAGAGAUGGGGGUGACUUGAGAAGAAGCUCUAUGGGUAAAGAAAGUUCUUCUAACAGUAGAGAAAAAGUUCCCCCUCAUUACCUAAGAGCUUCAACUGGUUCUUGUCAUGAUUUCUGUAAAUAUGGGAGGAAGCAUGUAUUAGAAGAAACAAAGGCAAGACGUCCCAUGCGAAAAAGAAUGCCCGCCGAACUAGCUGGUGGCAGAAACUCAGUGGAGAUCUUGAAGUUACCUCAGAAGGAGAGAAUGUCAGUUGUCAAGCCCAACCCUUCUCCUAAGCCCAGAACACAUAUGCAUAAUACAUCUGAAGUAAUCAAGAAAGAACUGCUUACAAAAUCUCCAAACAAUUCCUCUGUCAUCACCAAGCCAGAAGUGUCAACCAAAUCACCUAAUGACCAAAAAUCUUUGGGGAAUGUGGUUCUAUCAGAGAAGAAGGUGUCGGCGGUCAAGUUUAAACAUAUACCACCCAGUUCAAGAUCCCAUCGUCCUGAUAUUGUCAAGCGGGAACUGCGUAGAAAAUCACUUGGUGAUAACUCUGAUAUUAUCAACUGGGACAUGUCAAAAGAAUUGCCUGACGGCCAAAAUACUACAAAUAGUUUGGUUCAGUCAGAGAAGAAGACAUCAACGGUCAAGAUCAAACCUGUACUUAGUGCAAAAGCUCAUCAAACUAUAUCCCCUAAACUUAGAAAGCUGAAACUGCCCUUGAAUCCUGAAACAGUAGAGGCUUCCGCGAGACAGGUCCCAUCAAAAGCCAAAGAGAAAAACCAGUUAUUGGGGCGUGCUACUGCUUUGAAACUGAAAUCUGCCAAAGAGAAGCCAUCAACUUCUUCUGACUUUUCAGGAGGUUUAAAAGGAAGAACAAACAGUGACACCAAGAUAGGAAAGAGGAGUGGAUUCUCCAAAUUAGUUGUCAAAAAAGUAUCGGUCCCCACAAGUGCUUCAUUGACACCACGAAGAGCUUUAUUGUCUCCCAAGCUUAAUCUGGUUAGAAUUGGAAGCCUAAAUGCACGGAAGAACAAGAAUUUGAAAGUUUUGCUUUCUCCAAAGAAUCAGAUUAAGAUAAAAAAGGCCGAACCUGAAGAAUCGAAGGAUGGAGCUAUCUGUGAGAGCAGUGAUCCAAUCCAGGAAAAAACUUUGUACGUCAUUAAGAUGGAAACUGAGGAAAAACUUUUGGAAUCUCAUCAGAAUGAGAGGUGUGCUAUUGACUCAUCUCCCACCCCAUCAUCUUCAUCACCCCAAUUUCCAGUCCUCUCAUCUCCAUCUCCUCCAUCUCACAAUGAAGGAGAUCAAGAGGAAUCUGAAUGUACAGUGACUGAAGGAGAAGAUGAUUCUUUAUCUGAGAAUACUGAAACCAUGAGCACAGAAGAAGCUGAAACUUCGGAAGAGGAAAACAAACUCAGGCUGAGAAAGGGUGGAUUAGUUUCUUCUGAGGACAAAGGACCAGCAGCCUGUGAAUUACAUUUCAGAAGAGGAAAGGUGGUUGACAUUCAGUCUGAGAAUAAUAACAGUCCAAGGAGGCUUAAGUUUAGCGAGGAGGUGCUGGGGGAGAAUGAAAGGCUUAAGGCUGAAGCCCGAAGAAGCUUCAGGAGGAGAGUUGUUGAUGGUGGUGAUACAGCAGACAGCAAACCUGGUGCAGAAAAAGUUGUAUUGAGACAUCAAGAUGUGCAGCAGGGGAAGAAGGAUGCGCAAGGACUUUUUAACAAUGUCAUUGAAGAAACAGCUAGUAAACUUGUUGAAACCCGGAAAAGUAAGGUGAAGGCCCUGGUUGGUGCUUUUGAAACAGUUAUCUCCCUCACAGGGAGCAAGCCAUCUGCAAACACUGAUUCAUGAAUUUAAAAUAACUUUCUAUAUUGACCGUGCAUUUCUUGUGCCAAAGAAUAGGAUAAUAAGUCUAAGCUUGUGACAUGAGAGGUGAUUGCAAGCUUAUGGAGUUGAGGAAACGUAGACAGCUUCAGUUAACUUCAGAGAGUGUGGACAUAAAAUCAAUUGAUGGGUGAGUUCUGUUUACUGAUCUCAGAAUAUUUUAUACAUUGGCUCGAUAACAUACUCUAUUUCACUGUCUUCAAUUUUCGUAACUAAUAUGAUGAUUGAUAUGUACCUUGUGAAUAAACAAAUGUUCUAAUAGGAUAUACUCUUGAGACGGAAAAAAAAUAAGCAUUGUAAUUGAGUUGCUCGGUUGAGUCCUCUUUUGUUGGCUCGCCAAAAGUUUCUCCUUUUUUUUUUCUUUAUUUCUAAUACACUUGGAUUCGUUCUUGUUUGGUUUUAGCUAUUGACAUGGGUCAAUGGAAUUUGGUUAUUUUAUAAA